AUGAUUUCUACAGCUGUCAAGACGGCCGUUGCUACCAGCCAACGGCAAGCGAUGAGAAGGGGCAUCUCGUCGACAGCCACUACUACUCGACCUUCUUGUCGUGCCGUGGGCUCCAAGUGUCGAUUCUUGACGACUACUACUAGCAACAAUGCCGUCACGCCUCCUCCUGCCAUGAAAACUACUAGCCGACCACCACCACCACCAGCCGACGCCCCCAUUCCCAACGAAAUGCAAAAUCCCCCUGACGUGCAUGUGGAAGUAACGCCGGAAAUGAAAACGGCCAAUGUGGCGUUGGCAGCCGUCUUGGUGGGAUUUGUCGGUGGAGUCUGGUAUUAUUCCAUGAAGAGUGUGGGAACGCAAGAUGCGGCCAACGCUGCCGAUGAUCCCUUGGCACAACUCAAACUCGAAGCGCAGGAAGCUAUUGAUCGACAGGAAAAGGAAACUCAAGAUCCUCGUGCGAAACAAUUGCUGCAAGAAUUUAGUCGAGGAGAUCACGAUCCCGACAAGGCAGAAGUGGAUGCGCUGGAGGAACUCGAAAAAUUGGAUGAAGAAGAGGCUGUGGAAAAGAAGAAAAACAAAAAGUCGUGGUGGAAGUUUUGGUAG